UAUUAUCUAAUUGGGCGGGAGAAUUCCACGCUGAAGGAAAAAUUUCGUAGUGUCGUUGAAAACCACAGAUCUGUUAACUACCAUUUUAUUCAAGCCUAAAAAUGUCUGUUUCGUACGGAAAUUGCCAACUGAACCACCCAAAAGGACAAAUCCAGAUUAUCUUUGGGCCCAUGUUUUCGGGCAAAACAACCGAAUUAAUUCGCCGUUUGAAACGCUAUGAAGUGGCCAAUCACAAAUGUUUGAUCGUCAAGUAUGCCAAAGACUUGCGGUAUGAAUCGAAAUGCGGCCAGGGGGUGGCUACUCACGAUCAUCAACAUCGGGCGGCCGUUGCGGCCACCGUCCUGUCAUCCAUCGCACACCUGGCCGAUUCUUGCAGCGUUAUCGGGAUUGACGAAGGCCAAUUCUUUCCUGAUGUAGUCGAGUUUUGUGAAGCGAUGGCCAACGCUGGUAAAAUUGUCGUAGUGGCCGCACUGGACGGAACUUACCAACGAUCAGGUUUCGGAAAUUUCUUGAAUUUGGUUCCGUUAGCUGAAAAUGUCGUUAAACUGACAGCCGUUUGUAUGCGCUGCUACGGGGAGGCGGCCUUCACUCAACGACUUGGCUCCGAAACGGAGGUGGAACUAAUUGGCGGAACGGAAAAAUACAUGGCGGUCUGCCGUGAAUGUUACCGAAAAUUCAGCGAGUCCAAUGUCGAAACUUUGGCGGAUGACUGUUGCCAUGGCAAUCGGAUGUCAUCGCCUUUCCAUCACUUCCAGCAACAACAGCAAGCUAAUAAGAAAUCACCUCUCAAAAUGAACAACAGCCCGACGAAGCCUCUCACGGCCGACGUUAAUCGAAUCCUUUCCUUCGACAAGGAAAAUUUUUAAAAAUUGAGAAAAAACCACUUUUCGAUUUUACAUGUGGCAUGACGUAAUAGUUUGAUUCCCUUCCAUUUUACUUCCCUCCGUCAUUUUACAGAUCGUUUUUCUUCUUUCAUUGAGUCUCAUGAAAAUUGUCAUUUCUUUUUAAUUAUUAUCACUUGAGAUAUCGAGAAACCGGUACAAGACUACAAUAGUUACCAUUUUUAACCAGCUGUAAUAAAGUGUAGUACUAAAUUUUACUACAAACCAAAUAAAAAUUUGCCUACAUCACUCCCCCA